AUGCGUUCUAUGAAAGUAUAGAUGACUGAAACAAACAUAACUUGUUCUUUAGGGCAUAGUAAACCCAUCCUUUCCUAUAAGUUAGAAAAAGAUAAAAAUUAUAAAUUACUAUGUGAAGAAUGUAUUUUAAAAAAUAAUUAUUCAUAAAUUUCUCCUUUUGAUAAAAAAGUAGAUGAAGUUUAAGAUUUCUACUAAUAGUAAUUUGAUGAAUUUUAAAAAGAAACUGAAAUUUAUAUCAUGAAGAUAUAAGAGUUGGAAAAUUAGUUAUUAAUUUUUAAAGAUUAGAUGUCAGCUUAAAUAGAUUAGAUGAAUAACUUUUGUAAGAAAUAGAUUGAAAAUUUAAAGGAAUUCCUAAAAUUUCAUACUUAAUAUAAUUUUUAAACAUAAUUUGAAAAUUAUGAAUAACAAAAAAAUUGUUUUUAAAGUUAAGAGGAGAACAUUAAAUUUUUAUGUUCUUAAAUGAUGUCAAAAUUACGUAUGUGUCUAAAGAAAAUAGAAUAAGAUUAAGAAAAAUUAAAAAAGAAUUUUGAAAUAAUUAAUUUACAAUAAGAUAAGAAUCUGAAUGCAAUAUAUAAAACACCUUCUGUAAAUUUAAUAGAUAAAGAUGAAAGGUAGUUGGGUUGUUGUUAUGCUAUUUGUACAAAUUAUUGUGAUAAUAUGAUUAUAACUUGUUGUGGAGAAAAAAUUCUAUUAUGGAGUUUUAUGAAUGGAAAGAUGAAAUAAUAGCAUUAAUUGGAAAUACAUGAAAUAACAUUAAAAUGCUUAAUAUCUAGCAAAAAGAAUAAUUAUUUUAUUUCUGGCGAUUAAAAUGGUAUUAUAAUAUUUGGUAAUAAUAAAUUCAAGGUGAUUAUAAAAAAUGGAGUAAUUAAUAAUAUUAAGGCCAUACUGAUUAGAUAGACUGUUUAAUAAUGAAUAAAAAUGAAUCUCAACUUAUUUCAGGAGGAAAGGAUAAAAAAAUAAUAAUCUGGAAUAUAAAAUUUAAUCCUAAUUAUUUAGAGAAGUUCUAAAGUUUAGAACUACAUAAGAAAAGAGUUCGAGGGUUAAGUUUAAAUACUUAUGAAGAUAUGUUAGUAUCAUGUAGUAAUAGUCCAAAUGGAGGAGAAAUUAUUGUAUGGGAACUUAAAGAGAAUGGAGAAUUUCAAUUUAAUCAAUAUGUUAAUGCAAAUCAGAAUAAUAAAGGAAAUAAGAUUUGUUUUUUAAAAAAUGAUUUAUUUAUAUGGAUAUCAAAUGAAAAAGUAGAUUGUUUGAUAUACUUCUUUGAAUUAGUAAAUGAGAAAUUUACAUUAAAUAAGAAUAGAUCUAUUUAGUUGAAAGAAAAUCAUAUACUACAAGAUUAAUCUCAUUUCCCAAUCAUUCAUAAUCAAGAAAUGAAUUUAAUUAUAAUAAGGCAUAAAAAUUAUAUUUAUUUAAUUCGAGAAAAGCAAAACGACACUUUUACAAUAGAUAAAGAAAUCUCUUGUGAAGAUACAUCAUUAUAUACAUUUGGAACCAUUACAAAUGAUGGCAAAUAUCUUAUUUAUUAUUAAGGUUAAUUCUAAGGCAGGUAUUUUAUCCAUAAAAUAUCAUACAAUAAUGAAUCAAAAGACAGUUGA